CAAGUAGCUAACAUAUACGAACACAGAGUGUUAUAACGUCCCAAAUUAAGAAACAAUAAAAGUCACCUCGCACCAAACAUCGUAUUCCGACACAGCUUCGGUGAUCAUCGUCCAUGGCAACAAACGGAACUCAUCUCAGUGAAGGAGAUACACAAGUGAGCUUGGACAAGAUCAAAAAGCAAUUGGCAUCUGGGUCCGGUAAAAAUCUUUUACAGGGUCCUCUUCUUAAACGAUCUGAGACGCUACGAAAAUGGAAUGAAAGGUGGGUGAUCCUGGACCCAACAACUGGGAAGAUGGAAUACAAGGUGAGGAGAAAUGAUCCAACUGUUAAGGGAACCAUAAACUUUGAUGCGAAUAGCACAAUAUCAAUAUCACCCGUAAACUUCCAUGGUUUACCCAAGUAUGACGGCUGUUGUAUAUAUAUUGGGACACCACAAAAGAAAGAUUAUUUCCUCAGUGCAGAAACUCCUGGUGCAGCAAGAGCUUGGGUGUCUACUUUACAAGCAACCCAGUUGGUUUUAAAAGCCCAUAAAGAAGCUGUCAAUUCCUUAAGUGGAAAUGGAUCCACUAAACUCGGAAUGGUUGCUACUGUUGUUGCUGCUGCUAAUUCAACUGCACUGGAAAGUUCAAAGGAAAUUGAAGCUGCUAUGAAGAUCACAAUGAGGACUGCUCUUGGAGCUGUGAUGAAUAAAGCACCUGACAGUCCUAUGGAUGAUCUCACAAUUAUGAAGGAGACACUGAGAGUGAAGGAUGAAGAGCUGCAAAAAUUGGCAAGAGACCUUCGUGCUAGAGAUUCAAUAGUAAAAGAGUUGGCAGAGAAACUAUCUGAAACUGCAGUAGCUGCUGAGGCUGCAGCAUCUGCAGCUCAUACCAUGGAUCAUCAAAGGAGAAUUGCACUCGCAGAAGUUGAGCGCGUGAAAGAAGAUUUAGGAAAGCAGUUGAAGUCAACUCUGUCAAAGCUCAGGGAGUCCGAUGAAAAGGUUAUGGUCCUAACUAAAGAGAAAGAUCAACUAGUAAAGCAGAGAGACUCAGCCAAUCAGGAGGCACAUUUAUGGCGGUCUGAACUUGCAAAAGCUAGAGAUCGAGUAGUGAUACUAGAAGGAGCGGUUGUUCGAGCUGAGGAGAAGGUCAGAGUUACUAUUGCAGAUGCUGAAGCUAGGAUGAAGGAGGCUACUCAGAAAGAUGAAGCUGCUGUCAAUGAGAAGCAAGAGCUAUUGGGAUAUGUGAAUAUGUUACAGACGCAGCUUCAAAGGCAACAUGAGGAUACCAGGCAAAUAUUUGAAGAAAAGGCUGAAUCUUGCUCCAAUAUUAAUAGCAGUGAACCACUAAUGAAACAUGUUGAUCCUUCAGAGGAGAAUGUCGACAAGGCAUGUUUAAGUGUUUCUAGGGCAACUUCUGUUUCUGGUGAGAGUUUAGUCCACCCUAAUGUGGACCAAAACAAUAUCCAGCCAAUUGGAGAUGGUGAAUGGAGUGAUAUUCAAGCAACAGAUGCAAGAAUAGCUGAUGUGAGGGAAGUUUCUCUGGACACUGAAGUUAGCAGCUUGGAUAUACCUGUAGUUAGACAGCAAGAUAGUUCCCAUCUUGAGCAGGAUUCAAGUUCUUAUGACCAGCCUUAAAUCUUAUCAGACAUAUUAGAACGUCUUACAAGUACCAGGAAAGAAGGUGUAUCCUAUGUUGUAUGGGCAUUAUCAUCCAGUUUCACAGGAACUACAACUGCUGAGCCAUGUAUGUUUUUCUUUUUUUUCACUGAUUUGAGAGUAAGAAGAUAUUAUCGUUAUGAGAAAUGUAUACAUCUUGAAUUUUUCUAAAUAUGUUUCAUGAAUAUUUAACAUACUAUUACUCUGUACUUUAUUUUGCUAUAUAUGAAGGCACCAAAACAACUACUUGCAGUA